AUGAAUACAUUCAAGAUAUCCUAUUUCGUUGUGGUGCUCAUAAUGGUCUUAGCCGUUGCUAUAACACUUAGCGAAACGCUAAGGGUUGAGGCGAAACAGAGUCAGAGAGACAGAUUUGGCCGAGUUAUAACCGCUGCACGAGGGAAAGACAGAUUUGGGCGAGUUAUAACCGCUGCACGAGGGAAAAAAGGUGGGAACCGUCCAACUGCAAUGAUGACAUGUGACAAAAGCCCCAAAGUAUGUCGUCUCAAAGGCAGCUCCGGUCGUGAUUGUUGUCGUAAGAGGUGCGUAGACUUGAGUACCAACAGACUGAAUUGCGGAAGAUGUGGGAAAAGCUGUCAAUACUCGGAGGUUUGUUGCAACGGAUAUUGUGUAAACCCGAUGUUUGAUAGGAGACAUUGUGGAGGUUGCUUUAAGAAGUGCAAGAAAGGGAGAACGUGUGCCUAUGGGAUGUGUAACUAUGCUUAA